AUGUCACCAACCUUACCGCCAGGGAGGAAAGAAGAGACUGACGCAAGUAACAAAACCUUACAACCUGGAAAGAAAGUACGACGACCACUGCAAACAGAUAUUUCAAAAUUUAACGUUAAUAUUAUUACUACCAAUCAUACUCAACAUCAAAAACCACCAUCAUCAGAAAAAUCUAAAAAAAGACCAUCAAAACCACUAAAUGGACAACACCACCCCGUUAAACCUCAACCAAAGAAUCACAUAAAACAAAAACCGUUAAAAGUGCAAAAAAAACCUAUUGAGUCUCAUCAUCCACAAAAAACUAUAAAACAAAAAACACCCAAAGUACAAAAUCAUAUCGAGUCUCAUCAUCCACAAAAAACCAUAAAACAAAAAUCACCCAAAGGCUGA